GGGGACUUUCACAACGUGGAGUGGCCUUGCAGGCAACUUGGAAACACCUCAAGAGAGGGCUCCAGACCCAGUAGACUUUUCGUAUCCAUCCGUUUAUCAUCGUCUGAACGUUGAAUGCUCAGUCGUGACCUGGUAUCCCCAGCAAUGUACACGUCAGGUCUUCAGGCGAUUCGCCACUGAAGAUUUACAUUGGAGCUUCUCGGUGCUGUGCAGCCUCGGAUGUUGCUGCAAUGUCGUUCAGGGUGGCAUUAUCAAAUCCAUGCUUCUCCCGCACAUUCGUGUGCAUUUGUGCAAGCAGUGUAGAUGUUAUGACUGCAUGGACCAUCCUUCCCUAUGAGGUUGUCAUCUGGUUUGGAUUCAAAUCAUUCUCAAGGCGAUGACCGGGGCAAUUUCGGUCUGUGAAGAUCGAUGGUCCGCGGACUGCUGGAUCAUUAGAGCUUCACCCCCAGAGGGUCUCUGCAGGGUUGCACCGGGUGACCUGGGCCAUGGGGACCGUUGUCAGUGGUGGCCAAUCGACGCAGGGACGGAUGAAUCGGCGUUCAAUCCAAGUGAUGCAACGCGGUGGCGUUUGCAAUCAUUCGGGGCCGAAUGCUCAGCCCUCACUCUCAGGAUAUCCCUCAGACCUAGCACGAUGCAUCGAUCCCAUAUUAUAACGUUGACCAGGCAUGAGCUUGCGGGUUUCAGGUCAAAUCGUCUUCACGCGUCCAAUCUUCUCGCAGGAGCCCUGUCGGUUGGCAUAAGGAUCAUGCUGAGUGACUCGGCAGGUUUGGAAUUGUCUUUCCCCACCCUUUGCUCUGCAGUAGACUAUGGAAAAUUGUUGGACAUAAUGAGAAAGUUUGUCUGGAAAAUGCGGAUGGCCAGUGAUUUGGUAUAGACCGUGGUUUAUUCGUGGAAUUUCUGGGGAUCAUAACAAAAAAGCUUGUCCCUAAAGGUG